GCCUGAUGCAUGAAUCAGUCGCAUGAGACCUACGGGUACGUCGGGAGGUACAACCGCCGACCGUCACUGCCGUGCAGAACACGUAAUACACGCGGAUUCAGUGAAUCAGAAGGACGUCUUGUGAUGUGAAAGGAAUAACACGUGUUUUUUUUUUGGAAACAGUAGGAGAAACGUGUGUUUUGCGUUCUGCUUGUUUGUCGUCAGUUCUCAACGUCACAUUGGCAAGACGUCAGGCGCCGAGCAAGUUGAUACGUUAAUGAAUCAUCGCCGUUUACUAAGACUUUGUGAUUAAGAAAGGAAAACUGUGACUGGUGUCCGGAAUAUAAUAAUAGAAACACAGAGUGUUCUACUUUUAUUUCGUGUGUGUGUGUGAUUGUAGGAAGCGUUAGGCCAAGAUAUAUUUGUCAGACUAUAGUGUGUAUUGUUGUAUUGUGACCAUGGCAACGUCUUUGACUGGAGUCGGCAUUUUGUGGGCGUUCUUGUCUCUCUCCGCCGCAUUGCUGUGCUGUUCGGGGUUUUAUCUGCCCUUCUGGAUACAGGGUCGUCUUCUCGGCAAAGUUGACGCCUACUUCAGCUCGUUCCGACGCUGCAACUACCCUCGCGUCACGGCGCAGGGCGGCAUCGAGAUCGUGGAGGAAUGUGGUCGCUACUCAAGGUUCUGGGACAUCCCGAGCCCCUGGUGGCAGGCUAGCACUGUACUCGUAGGGGUGGGCAGUGCCCUCAGCCUCCUGGUAGCCAUUACUGCAACGGCUGCGUGCUGCAUUACGUACGUGGUUCACACCGGCACAGCCAGGGUUGCAGGAACUCUUCAGCUCAUUGCAGCGGUGCUGGUGUGUAGCGGAGCUGCCGUCUACCCCGUCGGUUGGGACAACAGGGAAGUACUGGAGUCCUGCGGAAACUCUUCGAGCGUAUACAACCUCGGUACCUGUGAGUUAUCGUGGUCCGUGUACCUGUUGGGCAGUGCAGUGGGACUUCUUCUCCUGUGCUUCGGACUUAGCUUCUGCGCAUCGCGAGUCAAGCCCGGUUCGUUCCGUAUUUGAGUGUAUAGUGCCGGCAUGCUGUCAAGCAGCGUGUGAGACUCUGGCACCCGUUCACAGCACAUCAAGCACGUUUGUGUUGGGAUAUAGACACCUUAAACAUGCCAAGAAGCAAUUUCUGGUAAUAUGUACUCGAUAUGUUUCUUUUCUGCCAUGUUCCCAACCCACAGUAUAAUUGAAAUUGUAUUUAAAAUAUCCUGAAACCUAUUUCUGAAUGUUCCUUAUGAAGGUAAAUUGCAGUAAGUUAAGAUUUAAUAUUUUGAAAUAGUCCGUACUGAUUCUUGGAUUCAGGACAGAAUAAAUCUAAUACCUUCUACUUAUAUUUUAAUUAAAUAUUUAAUCUAUUUAAUUAAAAUAUUUGACAUAAUUUUGGAGAGGAGGUCCUGUGUACCAGAAACUGUUCUGUAUCUUGGCAUUAAAGAAUCACAAAAUAUACAAAAUAUAUUCACAAGACAAUAAAUUAUGUUGUAUAAAAUUGUUUAUAAGUCUAGAAUUUUAAGAAGAGUGCCAAACAUUUUUCACAGUGGGAAUGAAAUUUUUUUAGGAAAAUAAAAUCCCAAGAUGCGUAAUCUGAGAUAAAUGGGUUCACGAACUUUUAUGUGAGGUUAUGUGUGAGAACUGAACAGAUUAUACGGCCCAACGAAGUGCCGAGGUACACGAGACCACAAGGACAAGACGAAUGAAGAGGAUCUACGACACAGUAGAAGAAUGGGCAAGGUGGUUGGACAGAGAGGAAUGGCGACUGGGAAUUCAAGACGUCGAUGAUAUUAAUUAGAUAUCUACAUAUACACAUUAUACGUCGUGUUGAUUUUUUAGAUAUAAAACUCAAAAUCUGGUAAACUGGAUGUUCUCGUCUUUGGUCUGACGAUUCAGACUUUAUCCGUAUGACGUGUUUUUCUGUAGGUUCCUUACAUUCAGCACAUAUUAUGACGGAGACAUCACACUCGAAACAUUUUAUUAUUUUUCUCAAAAAACUUUAACUAAUUCUUAAUCGUGCCUGCGUCACCUCCGUCUAUUGCCGAGUUUAAGGAAACAUAGAGGUUAGUUAUACCUCCACUCCCCCCAUACGUCUUAACGACGUCGUUCCUAAGCGAAGGGAUAAUCUUACAAGUUUAAGACAGUUUUAUUGAAGCGUAUUACGAGCGUAAGUGAUGUGAUGUCGUGGAACAUACAGUGAGCGUCUUUGUUGUGUUUCACAUGUGAUAAGCUGAUGUCUCUGUGGACAGCGGCGUGUCGUGCACUGCGAAGUUCUGGAGAUGUUUGCGUGUCGGCGGACGACGAGCACACAACUCCGUCAGAACUGAAAUUUAGUUCGUGGGGGGGGGGGGCGCUCAAGAAACCAACAGUGAUUUAGUGGUGAACUUAGAAACAUCCAUUUCGGAAUAUCAUGUUCGAAUCUUUGUCGAGCCAUCAGUGAAUUUCGGAGAACACCACAGUUUCUCAUUUAACUUCGUAUUGAUGCUAAGGUACAUGGGUGGAAACUGUUUAAUACCUUGGAGGUUAGCAUUGCGUCGCGGUGGCGUAUAGAGGGUUAAAACUAAAGCUCCAUGCAUUCUCUGUCUUAGUAGGCCUUCUAUUUGGAGGUCAGUGGUAAAGUUGAAGAUGCAGUUAGAAGGCCCCAAGUUCUCUAUUUGAUGGCGUUAUUUAUUUAAGUAGUUCCACUUAUAUAAAGAAGGCAUAUCUAACGAAAAUGUGAAAUUUAUCAUAGUUAAUAUGAAUACAAGAGCGUGUACGUUAAGAACUCAAAAUAAAGCUGUCUCAUUUUGAGAAGUGUUUUUUUUUUGUUUCGCCCUGUAGAUUUACAAACCAUCUCGGAAACACUUACUGUAGAUCAAUGAUUUUUGUUGGUUGAUCAUAUAACUGUCGCAUGUCCAUUCGACACUCAGCUUCAUAAUGGCGUGGUUGAGACUGUAUUUCUGUAUUCUGACACUCGGGUAUCCGUUUCGAAUCUGAGUUAAGUUCUUGGAUUUUGAAUUUCGGGACUUUCAUACUCAUCGUCACGGGUCCCUUUGAGAACCCAUAACUUCGCCAAUCCCGACUUUACCACACUUCAUUAUUCAACGUCACUUCCAGAAAACUAUCUUCUUUGUACAACCCCACAUAUAAAAUGAACCCGCACAGUAAUUAACACAUCGAGGAGAAUUACUAAGACCAGCAGUGAUACGAGAACAAAGUAUCAUUUAACAAAACUCAGUUUUCAUGAGACGUUCAGUUUAUCGAUUUAUCUCGAUAGAUUCGUCAGCGGCGGAUUUAACUUUUUCUUCCCGUGUAAAGGGAAAUUAAUGCAACCAAGUUGUCGAAAGAACAAGCUAGCGUCAGUCAACAGAGGGGAAGACGUUAUCGUCACACGAACGUUUGUUUUUACCCACCCCUCGGACAAAAAAGAAGAAACGAUGCUCCAACUAAUUUCUUUGAAGCGACGUAGGAAGAUUAACAGCAAGACAAUCGAUCACUUCGCGCCUAACAAUGGCUACCUCAGCGCAUAUAACGGCGAAAGAUGGAACUUAAACAAUCCUUUCUUGACAGGAAUCAAGCGAGCAUCGUACGCGUUUCCUUUUACCGUUCACUUGGGUUAAUCGAUGAUCAAAUUUGCUGCACACGAGGAGUUAGGAACGACCCGCGUGGUUCAGAGAUGCACACUUAAAUGUAUUGGCUUGAUUGUAAUAUUAUUUGUGGUACCACCUCCUUGAUCUGCUUCGUAGACAGGAAAAUUGAGUGUAGGUAGUCGCGGUGUUUCGCCAUGACGCUGUAGUAUAUUUUUCUUUCUGAAGAAUCAAUAUUAAAAUAGGUGUUUCGAAAAAGAGUUUUAUUGGAUCAAGCAUUACUAAUGGAGGAACUUUAUAGAAAUGGUUAUAAAUCUUAAGAUAAUUGCUUAUUUUUUCGUCAUUUGUCAUACUUCUGCUCAUAUCGAGUAUUUAAGAGGAUAUAAAGUUUUUUUUUUAAAAAAAGUUACAUUUUGAUAGAAUUAAGUUAGAAAUGUAAAGUGUAUACUGGGCAUGGCAUGAUUGUUUUCGCAUGUGUGAUGUAAUGGCUCGACACCAGUUGUUAUGAAAGAUUGUGUAAGGAUGCAAACACCAGGAAAACAGAGGCAAUAAAUAAAUAAAUUGUCAGAAUUAUGUGAAAUGCUGACUUGCAGAAGUAAAAUUUACCUUCCCCCCAGGUAAUUGGAACAGGAGACAGACAGACAGACAGAGAGACUGAUUGAUGCGUCGAUGAGACAGGAAAGACAUGUCUGAUACUGAGAAAGAUACACAUUACAAUGGACGGAGGCUUCCUAACUGUGAAUUGAAGAUCAAACCAUGCUCAGAUAGAAAGCUCAUAAUGAUUUUGGAUUAGAUUAUCAGGUUAUAAGUGGUUAACUAGGGAAAUAGUGAGAGAUGAGUUGAAGUCAGGGAUAUAGUAACCAUACAGUUGUAUAUAAUGUAUAGUGAAUCAUAUUGUGUAUGUACAUAACGAAGCCAUGUGUAUGACCUGUGACAUAAUUCCCUACUGCAGAAUGAAACUUAGGGAGAGGAUUAGAUAGGUAGUCGCUUGGCCGGAAAUGAGGUGAAUUUUCUGAAUUCUUUUCCUGCAAAACCCGCGCCCUCCCCACAUUCAGCAUUUGGUGAGUAGCAUUAGGAAUCGGGCGGUAGGUGGCCGAUUUGUAACACCUUUCUUUCCUUAGUUGGGGUUUCAGACAUCAGCGUCGGAAGAUAUGUCGUUUGCCAUUCUGUGAGAUCAGCUAGGCGAUUCGAACUGGAGGUCUUGGCCGCGGUGUAGAUGUAAGGUGGUAUCGCCUACCAUGCCCUGAAGAUAGGGGUGAUACAUUCCUCCGAAAUGUUUGUAACCACUUGUAAGACCACUGCGUUACAACGCAGAAGACACCAUCAAUAUUUGAAAACGUUCAUUCAUUGAUUUUUUGGCCCAUCGCUACCGAAGAAAGGAUUGUAAUAUAUUUCUUAAGGAAGUAGCCCGCAAUUUGAAGAAACCACCUCCAAUCAGAAUAGCCUUCCGUUUGCAGGGCUAGUGUCAUACUGGAAAGAAAAUUAAGCAUUCAUUCCAAGGUAAUAAUAGAUUAAUAAUAGGUUAUACCUCUAUAUAAGAAGUACAUUUAAGUAAGUUGUAUGAACACUGUCAUACCAUGAUGAUUUGACUAUUUAUACUUAAAGAAAAUUAUAGAAAAUGUAACUACUAGAAAGACCAUUGGAAAUGAAGUGGAUGAGUUUGAAAUAUUGAGUGAGGUAUUAAGCUUGUUAUGUGGGAGUUACGAAAUAAAAAAAUAAAAAAAACCCAGGCAAGGAAAAGGAAAAGUUUAAGCAAUAUAGAUGGCCACGAGAAGACAGAUCAUCAGCAGAAUGACGAAAAAUGAAAUAUUUUAAAAUAAAAUUAUAAAGUAAUAGAUUAUAGAAAUGUGUAAAUAUCCCAUACACAAAUAAUAAUAAUAAUAAUAAUAAUGGAAACUGGAAGACUAAGCAGACAAUUUCCUUAUUGAGGGACAUAGAUGCCCCCCCCCAAAAAAAUAGUUGGACCAAUUGCAGGCGAACAAGGAAUUCGCCACUGCCCAUUGUAAAUAACAAAUAACAAUGAAAGACAAAUAUGGCCUCCACUGUUUCUUACUCAUCAUGAACUGAAUGAUACAUGGAGCUGCUUCACUUUUUACUUUGAUUUUAUACAUGCAUUUAUGUCAGCUGUCCACCCCUCCCCCUUUCCCUGUUACAAAGGACACGUCAAAAAACAACGUUUCUCUUGGAGAGAGAACUCUGGAAAAGUUGUUGACCAUUUCUGCUUCGAAAAUUAGACAGCAGUAUUGAAAAACUUGGAGCAUUGCAGAAAAAAAUUUAAAUAUUAUUUAUGACAUUAUUAUUAUAGUAUUUCUCAACAGUGCAUCGUGAAAAAAAUUGGAUUUGUCUUGAAUUUGAAUAGCCAUUGCUAGUCUCAAUUAAAAACCUUGUCUUUCACUGUAUAAAUGUUGCUGAAAAUGUGUUUCCAUAAUGACAUUGAAAAUCAGUGGACGCUGUUCAUUAUAGCUUAUUUUUAACAUUUAUGACUUCCCUUUAACUGGACCACUGAGAAGAAACUGGUGUUGAAUUAUCAUAUAUUUGUGAAAUAAAGAGUCUAGUGCAAAAUGUAUGGUUAAAGAAAUGU